UGUGUGUUUGUUUACAUUUGCCUGGUGCCGGACCAUACCAUAGCAAACACGCGGCACGCGUGCGUUUUCGUAGGAAUUGUAUUAUUUAAAGUUUCCUAAUUAUCUGCUACCGGCAAAAAGUGAAUUUAAACCCUUCUCCAACCCUCUAAACAUGGUGAACGAUAUGGAAACGGAUAUAGGCACCCCCGUGGAUGAUUAUGGCGUGCUGAAGGGUGAUCUCGUGUUCAUACGCAACAACGAAAACCUCAUGCAAGCCAUCGAUCAGAUACAGGAAACGCUGGCCAGUGUGAAUCGGGAGUAUGAAAAGUAUCCGAACUUUACGGCGGAGGAAAAGGUGCGCUUCGACACGCUGUGUGCGUUUUGCGUGAACUCACUGUUCUGGAUGCACGAGAAGAUGCUCGGUCGACCGAACACCGUCAUGGAUGACAUUAAAGCGGAUCUCGACCGGGUGCGGGAAGCGAUGAAACGGUUGCAAACCAUACACGAAAACCUUACCAAGCGGCCCCGUCUAGAUCAGCCGGCCGCGCAAAGGUUCGUGCGGGCCGGGCUGUACGAUGCUAACAACACGGAAAGCGACAAACAGAACGAUGCACCACCAAACAAAAAGAAGCGCCGGGAGAAGAAAGCCGAACCGGAAUGAAAAGAGUAGCCCAGCAUGUGUGCUACUGGGGUAGGUACAAUAAGAGAUGUAUGUGGAUGGGAGAUUCGAGAUUUAAACAUGUACUAAAUAACAUAGGGCAGAUGUGGUUAGGGAAAAUAAUAAUAAAAAGCUAAAUGAAUGUCCUACUGUAAUGUAAAAUGGC